AUGCCUCGCACGACAGCCGCCGGCCGCCGCAAGGCCACCGCACCCGAACCGACCGUCGCGUCCUCCAAGGCGCAGUACGAAAAGGAGCUGCGCAACCUCGCCAGCAAGGCCCAGAUCGACGGCGGCUCAUCGCUCACGCAGCUCACCGCGCAGUUCCGCCUGGUGCGCAACGCCAUCACAUUCCUCUUCUUUGCCGGCUUCUUCGCGCAUGCCUCGCAGCUCGCCCUCGCCCCCGUCUACGGGAGCAUCCCAGCCUCGACUUACCACCUGCCCGUGCGCGCCGCGGCCGCCUUUGCCGGUUGGGCGGGCAACCUUUUUCUCGCGCGCGCCCUGGACCCGCGGGGCCUUUCCGCCGCGCGCCUGCUGCCUGUAUUCACACUUUGCGCGCCGCUCAUCCAGUUCCUGCUCGAGCCGUAUAGCGCAAUUCUCGGUCCCGUCUGGGGCCCGCUCAUCACCGAGUCGCUGACCGUGGUGCCCGUGGUGCUGCUCGCCGCAGCGGCAGCCGCGGACUCCCUCGAAGGCGUCAAGGUCCCGCUCCUGCCCAAGUUCCUCGCCGACGCUCUUCCGGGGAUGGGAUCGUGGGCGCUCUUCACGGCGUUUGAGAAUCUGGCCAGCGACUACGUGCUGCGCUUCGCCGGGCGGUCCUCCAACGCCACGGCCGUGACCUUUGCGCUCACCCGCGUCGGCAUGCAGCUCUCGCUCGGUGGGCUCAUGGCGGGCCUCGCGCCAUCGCUGCAUCUGCUACUCGCGGCGCCGGCGCUGGUGCACACCGUGUGGCUCAACCCGCACAUGCCGACCCCAGGCGCGGCCGCGAGGCUCAACACCACGCUGCAGGCGCACGACUGGCUGCUGAUUGACCGUGCCGAGUCCAACACGGGCUAUGUUUCGGUGCUGCAGAGCAUCAGGGGUGGGUUCCGCGUCAUGCGUUGCGACCAUAGUCUGCUCGGCGGCGAGUACACGGACGAGUCGGUGGUAGGGGGCAUCGUCGCCGAGCCCAUCUACGGCGUGUUUGCCAUGCUAGAGGCGGUGCGGCUCAUCCAGACCGGCGAGGCGGUACCGGAUGACAAAGCCAACGCGCUUGUCAUUGGUUUGGGAAUCGGAACGACGCCUUCUGCGCUAGUGGCGCACGGCAUCGACACCACCGUGGUCGAGAUUGACCCGGUGGUGCACGCAUUUGCUAAGAAGUACUUUCAGCUGCGCGAGAACAACGUACCCGUCCUGUCCGACGCGGGCCGCUACACCAAGAAGCUGGCCGACGACGCGGCCGGCGCGCGCUUCGACUACAUUGUGCACGACGUCUUUACCGGCGGCGCCGAGCCCAUUGACCUCUUUACGCUUGAGUUUCUCCAGCAGCUGCACACUCUCCUCAAGCCGCACGGCGCCAUUGCUAUUAACUAUGCCGGCGACCUCGCCCUGCCCGGCCCGCGUGCCAUUGUGCGCACCAUCAACGCCGUGUUCCCGUCGUGCCGCAUCUUUCGCGAGUUCCCUGCCGACGCAGCCAGCAUCGCUGCGCACGGAGGUUCCGACUUUACAAACAUGGUUAUAUUUUGCAAGAAGACGCCCGGCGCGCUAGCGUUUCGCGCUGCUACGGAUAAAGACAAGCUGGACAGCUUUGCGCGCCGCGAGUUUCUGGAACCGACGCACGAGGUGCACGCGACGGAGUUUUUGGCGGUGGAUGAUGCUGAGGGAAAGCAGCAGCUCGUAAGAGUGAAUGAGACGGAGGUGGUGACAAAGUCGCAUAAAACCAGUGCGAGGGGUCACUGGUCGAUUAUGAGGACGGUACUGCCGGGCGUGGUGUGGGAAAAGUGGUAG